AUGUCCAGUAUAAAAGUUGUCUCCUCCAAGCUAGCGGCCGAAAUCGACCAAGAACUAAUGGGCCCUCAAAUCGGGUUCACUUUACAACAACUAAUGGAAUUGGCAGGCUUUAGUGUUGCCCAAACAAUAACACAUGAGUUCCCCAUUAACAAAGCUAACCCUAACAUGAAAAAGAACGUAUUUAUCAUUGCAGGUCCCGGUAAUAAUGGUGGUGAUGGAUUAGUCUGUGCAAGACAUUUGAAAUUAUUUGGAUAUAACCCAAUUGUCUAUUAUCCAAGAAGAACUGAGAAACAGCCGUUUUAUAAACAAUUGAUUAGUCAAUUGGAUUUCUUUAAAGUGCCCAUUUUAUCCCAAGAUGAUAGUGAUAAUUGGUUAGAUUAUUUGAAACCAGAAAACACGUUGUGUAUCGUUGAUGCAAUUUUUGGUUUUAGCUUUAAACCACCAAUGAGAGAACCAUUCAAGAGUAUCGUGGAUCACCUUAUUGCAUUGGAAGAUAAGGUCCCCAUUGUUGCUGUCGAUAUCCCUACGGGAUGGGAUGUAGAUCAAGGUCCAAUUUCUGAAACGUUCAUCACUCCAAAGGUACUGGUAUCAUUGACAGUUCCAAAGCCAUGCAGUGCAUUUAUUAACCCAAAACUCACUUCACAUUAUGUUGGGGGCAGAUUUAUUUCACGUGAAUUUGCCAAUAAGUUUGGAUUUGAACCAUUUGACUACGAAGGAACUGAUCAAGUAUUAAAAUUAUGA